UAGUACUAUGAUUUGGUAUGUGGCCACUUUGAUAGCAAGUGUGAUCAGCACCAGAGGUCUUGGAGCUCAAGGUGCCCACGGCCUUCGGGAGGAGCCUGAGUUUGUGACUGCGAGGGCUGGCGAGGGCGUUAUUCUGAGAUGCGAUGUGAUCCACCCUGUGACGGGACAACCUCCCCCCUACGUGGUCGAAUGGUUCAAGUUUGGGGUUCCUAUCCCCAUAUUCAUCAAGUUUGGCUACUAUCCCCCUCACGUGGACCCUGAGUAUGCAGGCCGGGCCAGUCUUCACGAUAAGGCAUCCCUUAAGCUGGAGCAGGUACGCUCAGAAGACCAGGGCUGGUACGAGUGCAAAGUGCUCAUGCUGGACCAACAAUACGACACCUUCCACAAUGGCAGCUGGGUGCAUCUCACCAUCAAUGCACCCCCUACCUUUACGGAGACACCCCCGCAAUACAUCGAGGCUAAAGAGGGUGGCAGCAUCACCUUGACCUGCACAGCCUUUGGGAACCCAAAACCCAUUGUCACUUGGCUCAAGGAAGGGACCCUCCUUGGGGCUGGUGGGAAAUUCCAGGUGAGUGAUGGGAGCCUGACAGUGACAUCUGUCAGUCGGGAUGACAGAGGUGCUUACACCUGUCGAGCAUAUAGCAUCCAAGGAGAGGCUGUCCACACCACCCACCUGCUGGUCCAAGGACCUCCCUUCAUCGUUUCCCCUCCAGAGAACAUCACUGUCAACAUAUCCCAGGAUGCAUUGCUUACCUGCCGGGCUGAGGCGUAUCCCGGCAACCUAACCUACACCUGGUACUGGCAGGAUGAAAACGUCUACUUCCAGAAUGACCUAAAGCUCAGAGUACGAAUCCUAAUUGAUGGAACGUUGAUCAUCUUCCGGGUGAAGCCAGAGGAUGCGGGAAAGUAUACCUGUGUCCCUAGCAACAGUCUGGGCCGUUCCCCCUCAGCCUCUGCCUAUCUGACAGUGCAGUACCCAGCCCGUGUCCUCAAUAUGCCACCAGUUAUAUAUGUGCCUGUGGGAAUACAUGGUUACAUCCGCUGCCCUGUAGAUGCUGAGCCACCUGCCACCCUGGUCAAAUGGAAUAAAGAUGGCCGUCCCCUGCAGAUUGAGAAGAACCUCGGUUGGACCCUGAUGGAGGAUGGCUCUAUCCGCAUUGAAGAGGCAACGGAGGAGGCUCUCGGCACUUAUACCUGUGUGCCUUACAACACCUUGGGGACAAUGGGCCAGUCUGCUCCCGCACGGCUCGUCCUGAAGGAUCCCCCCUACUUUACGGUGCUACCAGGCUGGGAAUAUAGGCAGGAGGCUGGCAGGGAGUUGCUCAUCCCCUGCGCUGCAGCAGGAGACCCCUUCCCCGUCAUCACUUGGAGAAAGGUAGGGAAACCCAGCAGAAGCAAGCACAAUGCCCUGCCCAGCGGGAGUCUUCAGUUCCGUGCCCUGAGCAAGGAGGACCAUGGAGAGUGGGAGUGCAUUGCUACCAAUGUGGUCACCAGCAUCACUGCCAGUACACACCUCACAGUCAUUGGCACCAGCCCUCAUGCCCCUAGCAGCGUCCGGGUCCUUGUCUCCAUGACGACUGCCAACGUGUCCUGGGAGCCAGGCUAUGAUGGCGGCUACGAUCAGACAUUCUCAGUUUGGAUGAAGCGGGCCCAAUUUGGGCCUCAUGACUGGCUGUCACUGCCGGUACCGCCUGGACCAAGCUGGCUACUGGUGGACACUUUGGAACCUGAGACAGCAUACCAGUUCAGUGUCCUGGCACAAAACAAGUUGGGCACUAGCUCAUUCAGUGAGGUGGUCACUGUGAACACUUUAGCAUUCCCCAUCACAACUCCAGAACCCCUGGUGCUGGUUACCCCACCAAGGUGCCUCACAGCCAAUCGGACCCAGCAAGGUGUCCUCCUAUCCUGGCUCCCACCCGCCAACCACAGCUUUCCCAUUGACCACUACAUCAUGGAGUUCCGCAUUGGAGAGCGCUGGGAGAUCCUAGAUGAUGCCAUCCCAGGGACAGAUGGAGAAUUUUUUGCCAAGGACUUGUCACAGGACACUUGGUACGAGUUCCGAGUUCUGGCUGUCAUGCAGGAUUUGAUCAGUGAGCCCAGCAACAUUGCCGGCGUCUCCAGUACAGACAUCUUCCCACAGCCUGACCUGACGGACGAUGGACUGGCCCGCCCAGUGUUGGCUGGCAUUGUGGCAACAAUCUGCUUCCUGGCAGCAGCCAUCCUUUUCAGCACGUUGGCUGCCUGCUUUGUCAACAAACAGCGUAAGCGCAAGCUCAAACGCAAAAAAGAUCCUCCACUCUCCAUCACGCAUUGCAGGAAGAGCCUGGAGUCUCCUUUAUCCUCUGGAAAAGUGAGUCCUGAGAGUAUCCGGACACUAAGAGCCCCAUCAGAAUCCUCUGAUGACCAGGGCCAGCCAGCAGCUAAGAGGAUGCUGAGCCCCAGUCGGGAGAAGGAGUUGUCCUUAUACAAGAAGACCAAGCGGGCCAUCAGCAGCAAAAAGUACAGUGUAGCCAAAGCUGAGGCUGAGGCUGAGGCCACCACCCCUAUUGAGCUCAUCAGCCGGGGCCCUGAUGGACGGUUUGUGAUGGAUCCCUCUGAGAUGGAGCCCUCGCUCAAGAGCCGACGCAUUGAAGGCUUUCCCUUUGCAGAGGAGACCGACAUGUACCCCGAGUUCCGUCAAUCGGAUGAGGAAAAUGACGACCCACUAGUGCCCACCUCCGUGGCUGCCCUCAAGUCUCAGCUGACCCCUCUGUCAUCCAGCCAAGAGUCCUACCUGCCGCCACCAGCAUAUAGUCCCCGGUUCCAGCCCCGGGGGCUGGAGGGUCCCAGUGGUCUGGAAGGUCGGCUCCAGGCCACAGGCCAAGCCCGGCCCCCAGGCCCCCGGCCCUUCCACCAUGGCCAGUACUACGGUUACCUCAGCAGCAGCAGCCCUGGGGAAGUGGAGCCCCCACCCUUCUACAUGCCUGAAGUGGGCAGCCCCCUGAGCUCCGUCAUGUCAUCCCCACCCCUGCACACUGAGGGGCCUUUUGGUCACCCCACUAUCCCUGAGGAGAACGGCGAGAAUAACUCCAAUAGCACUCUGCCCUUGACUCAGACACCCACGGGAGGCCGCUCCCCAGAGCCCUGGGGCCGACCCGAGUUUCCUUUCGGUGGGCUGGAGUCCCCAGCUAUGAUGUUUCCCCACCAGCUGCACCCCUGCGAUGUGGCAGAGAGCAUGCAGCCAAAGGCCUGCCUCCCCCGGGGACUGCCCCCCACCUCCCUCCAGGUGCCCGCAGCCUACCCGGGUAUCCUGUCUUUGGAGGCACCAAAGAGUUGGGCAGGCAAGUCACCUGGCAGAGGUCCAGUCGCAGUGCCCACCGCCACCAAGUGGCAGGACAAACCUAUGCAACCUCUGGUGAGCCAAGGGCAGCUCAGACAUACCAGCCAAGGUAUGGGCAUACCGGUGUUGCCUUACCCCGAGCCGGCCGAGCCCGCGGGUCAUGGCGGCCCAAGCACAUUCAGCCUGGACACCCGGUGGUAUGAGCCCCAGCCUCGGCCCAGGCCCAGCCCUCGGCAGGGCAGGCGAGCCGAGCCCAGUUUACAUCAAGUGGUGCUACAGCCCUCGCGGCUCUCGCCUCUGACCCAAAGCCCCCUAAGCUCCCGAACCGGUUCGCCUGAGCUCGCGGCCCGGGCAAGGCCCCGCCCUAGCCUCUUGCAGCAGGCAGAGAUGUCGGAGAUAACCCUACAGCCACCCGCCGCAGUCAGCUUCUCCCGCAAGUCCACGCCAUCCACUGGUUCCCCUUCCCAGAGCAGUCGGGGUGAUAGCCCCAGUUAUCGGCCGGCCAUGGGCUUCACCACCCUGGCCACCGGCUAUCCCUCCCCGCCUCAGGGCCCUGCUGGGCCUGCGGACAACCUGGAUGUGUUCGGACAGACAGCCUCCCCCAGGAGGAUGGGGGAGGAGCUGCUCAGACCAGAGCCCCCACCAACAACCUUAUCCACUUCAGGAACACAUCCAUCUGCACCCGGGAAUUCUGCUGCACCUGAGAGGCUUGAAGCUCUGAAAUACCAACGGAUAAAGAAGCCCAAAAAAUCAACCAAGGGCUCCUCGAAAUCCAAAAAGCGAUCCGACGGUUCUGCUUCCCAGGUUCAGCAACUUCCUAACUCUCAGGUACUGUGGCCCGAUGAAGCUGUCUGCCUCCGAAAGAAGAAGAGACACUCUCGUCCUGAUCCCUUUGCCCGCCUCUCAGACCUGUGUCAUCGCCAGCUUGCUGAGGACCAGACAGCCAUUCUCAACAGUGUGGACCAUGAUGACUCAGGCCAUGCCACCUUGCUGUAG